AUGGGGGGGACAUUUUGGGGGCGCCCCGCCCCCGCACGGGUGCGGACGCCCCGGCCCCCCUCCCUCGCUCGGGGCAGCCGCACCCAAAGCUCUGCGGGCCGGGGGGGUCCCGAGCGCCGGAGCCCCCGUGGGGUUCGGGAGGGGGUCCCCGGGGUUCGGAGGGGGCGGUCGGGGCUCCGCGGGGUGGGAGGGGGCGGCUCGGCGCGUCCCGCUGCCCUCCCGGGCUUCCUGGGCCCCCUCCCGGCCCGGCUCCCACUUUCGCUUUCGGCGGCGGCUCCGCCGCGGCCCGAGGGGUCCCGAGGGGGUUCCGCGGGGGUCCCGGGGGGGCUCCGGGAGCGCUCGCGGGUCCCCGUGCGCCAUCCCCAGCUCGGCACCGCCAUGGACGUGUCCCCGCCUUGCUCUGCUCUGGUGCCGCCGCUCCUGCUGCUCCUGGCCCUGCCCACCCUCGGCAGCUGCUGCUCCUUCGGCUUUAACCCCAUCAGCAGCACCUUCAGCGCCCACCUGAACAACCUGAUCCCCUGGCUGCUCCUCGACUACCCCGUGGUGAUGCCCAGCAACCUGGAGCCGGACAGCGCCUGCUCUGAUCUCUGGGGGCUUCACUUUGGGGCGCUGGCUCUGCAGCGGAUGCUGGGGGUGGCAGGGAAGGAUUUGGCCCCCCUGCUCAGGACCCUCCUUGCCCAGCUCCACUUCGUGGCCGAGUGUCACAUCCAGGACCCCCAGGGCUGUGUCCGCUUGGAGAGGGUGAAUGUGUCACAGCUACUGGAGACCCUGGCGCAGCACCUGGGGGGGCUGCAAGGGAGACCCCCCCACUUCCCCGGCUGUGCCCGCUUGCGCUGCCACCCAGGCCCGGCGCUGAGCAGCCCAGCUGUGCGGCAUGAGGGGACCUUGGGGGCCAGGCAGGGCCCCCCCAGCCCCACUGGACACGGGCUGGUGCUGCUGGGGGGAGUUGGGGGGGCCCUGGGCCUGGUGGCGGCGGUCUGGGCACUGUGGAGGAGACCCUGUGCCCAGCCCUCACAGGGACCCCCGAGACUGGAGCAGGAUGGGACCUGAGUGGCUGAGCGGAACCUGGGGACAGACACAGGCUGGCCUGAGCCACUGGUGAGAGACGGGGACCCCCCAGCUCCCUGCUGGAAGCCGCUGGGGGCUACACGGGGGUCUCCCAGAGCCACGGAGAGACGAGGGGGCCCAGUCUGGCCCCGUGCAGUGCCCAUAAAGCUGAUGUUGACACCCCG